GCAGAGAAACUCCGAGCUGACUGCGAGCGCGGUCGAGGAGCGCAAAGCGGUCUUCGCUGCUCUGCGCGACUUUUACGAGAGUUCGAACUACUGCAACAUGAGCACUAGCAGUGCACGCGACUCGGCCCGGGCGGAUCUACAGCAGAGCCCUCACCUUACCCGGUGGGACGUUGAGCAGCUAAAGCGCAUCUUUCGUGAGCAUUAUCACCAAAAUUUGGGAGCUGGGGAUAAUGAGGCGGAGGCACGGGGAGCUGCGAGAAUGACGGCUCGUAGGGAUAUGAAUACACCGCAAAAGUGAUCGCAAUACCUCGUCCACCCUCUAUGGCGGGUACGGAGAGAAAAGCACCAUGUUCAUCAUGUGCAUAAGUGCUAAUUGUUUUGAUGGUGGCGUUUUGGUAACAAACACGACCGCGGUUGCACCUGCAGCUGCAUUUUUGAAACGCGAGCGGAAUGGAGUUAGGUGAUGCUCCUGCAGGUCAUACGGAUGAAAUUAUGUAAAUCUAGAAUCAACGGCUACGGUGUGGAGUCAAAGCAUUAUCAAUAUCUUUCCUUUUUGUUUUCUAUUUUUAGCGGGGUUGUACCACCAGGAGGGGUAAUAUCAGCAUCACUUUUGCUUUUCAUCUUCAUCAAGGGUGUUUCCGUUCUGCCUUCUGUGGGAAGGACGCGGGGAGUCGCCGCUGCACCCCUGGUCGACGAGCCACAGAUUAUUGUACCGCCGCCACGUGGUCGGUCCCGCUCUCCACCACUUUCGGCGCGUCACGCUGAUGCAUCGGAAGGUACGGAAAAAAUUUUUGGAUAGCGAGGACUGGUGCAGGACUUACUACUCGAGAUAUUAAUAUUAUGCUGCACAUGUUCUUGUAUGAUUAUUUCUCAUCGUGCGGAUUUUUCGGAUAGCACAACUUACUAUUCGUAUUUGAAUUUGAUGAUUCGAGGUGGAGGACCAGGAGAGCAUCUUCACGGACGCGCGCGCAACUGCAGUCUGCAGAUAAGAGUGUUGAUGCUGAAAAUUUAUUGCGCAUGCGCAGUAUCAAAUUUACUUUACACUUCUACCACACGACAGGUACAACAAUUCCACUAUUUGGCGUCCCCACUGAUAUUCAACCUUUUCGUGGCUUGCUGGCGCGCGCUGCUGCUCAAGCCAGCACAGAACGGAUCGGGCGCAGAGAUGAGAGCCCGGCGCCCUUCCUCCCCUCCCUUUCGGCGGCCUCGACGCGUGCGUCUUCGACGGAUACCGUACGGAUCGGGGCGGAAGCUCCCGGCUCUGGUUCGGAUGUAGUCGGCACUUCCUCGUCCGGACGAGGUGGCGCCACCACUUCUAGCGCUACAACAACCUCCGCGGGGACCACCCAAGAAGAGGUGUGCGCAAUCUGCUACGACGAGAAGGCCAAUCAGGUUUUUUUCCCGUGCGGGCACAUGUGCGCGUGUGCGGGGUGCGCGGUGCGGGGGAUGCCUCGUGGAGAAUGCCCCAUUUGCCGUCAGCGGAUCACAGGCCGGGCCCAGUUGCGACCCGCAGGAGCUCCUGGGGGAAGUAGUUGAGUGGUCGUGUGCUAUUCAUGGUGUUGUCGUGGUCGUGUUGCCACGGCCAAAGGAGUCAGUAGAUAGUCGUGGGAAGAGCACACACGAUGAAAGCUGAAGAUAGAAAAUCAAUGUUCCACCUGCUGAUAAAAGAUCAAUCUUCCACCACGAAGUUGAAAAUGCGUCUAGACGUAAUACCAGAAAAUGGAACUUGGGCUUUCUUACGACGAGUUUUGUGAAUGAUUGAUGAUUUACUAUUGCUUCUUAUAGACUUUUCCUUGCAAUUACUAGCAAAUUUUGAAUCCGGUGCAUAUUAUGCAACGAAUGCUGCAAGCAUAUCAAAAAUGAGAAAAAACGAAAACUACCUAGAUUAGCAAAGCAGCACGGCUUCUGCCGUGCUCUAGCGAGCGAUUUUGGAUAUGAAAAAAUAGGAUAGAAACAAAACUAAAAUGUGCGUUCACCACAUGUCGUGUAAUAUAUGAUAAAAUUUCAUCCGAUGAAAAGUCAGAACCGUUGAACAGGAUGGGAGUGAUCCUGUCUUCCACUUUGUGCAGAAGCAGAAAGCAGGCUUUGGUCAAGCAUCAAAGCUGCACGAAAAAGCCUCCGUAACGAUGGUUAUGAAACCUGCUGCAACGGGAAGAAAGCGCAAUGCGGGAGCAUACAAUUUUAACGCAAUAAAUAAAACAGAUAUGGACAAAUCCAUACUUAAACUGGCUGUAUGCUUCUAUUUUGAAACCGGACGAUGCUAAAAAAGUGUAAGCUGAUUAAGAAGCCGCUCAAGCUGCGAG